CCCUCUCGUCCACCUCGUCCUCCUUUCCUAGGGUUUUGAUUUCACGGGAGCCCUUCCAUUCCGGUAAAAAACAAAAAUCCAUGGACGCUUCAGGUCUCAAUUCUGCUGAAUUGCAACGGCUCAUCUCUCAAGAGAAGGAGAGGGCCAUGGUCAAUGAGAUGGUGGCUAAGCUUACUAGUGCAUGCUGGGACAAAUGCAUCACUGGGACACCUGGAAGUAAGUUCAGUUCUAGCGAAUCAACUUGCCUUGCUAACUGUGCGCAGCGCUACAUGGAUAUGAGCAUAAUUAUCGUGAAACGCUUUCAGUCGAUGCAGUAGAGUCAUGGAUGUGGAAGAAGAAAUUGCGAUUCUGUUAUUUUGGCAAUUUUCUUUUGAGAGUAUCAGCAUUUUUGGAACUGAACAACGCUAUUUUGUGAAGUUCUGAUGAGCCAUUCUCUUGUAUUUUAGAAGCGUCUGUCUGUUUUUUUGUCGCCAAUUGAUCCACGGUCCUCCUUUUCGUCCUGGUAUUUCUUUCCUGCUUUCGAAAGGAAUUUUCCUUGUUACUGCAAA